AUGGACGCGUUAGAGGUGUCUGAAGAUUGUAUCAUCUGCAAACAACCUUUAGAAGAGACAUCACCAACUGCUACUCUGGGAGAAAAGGGAAGUGCAAGUAUCAACAAGGCAAGUGAUUCCAGGAAUGACACUAUCCACUCUCUAGCUGGGCAACAAGUACACCAAGAAUGCCGUCGAAAAUACUGCAACCCUCAACAAAUAGCCAGAAUUGCUAAACUAGGCAAGCAAAAAUAUGGUACAGCUGUAGACACUGCAAGGCAUCAACUUAGGUCAGCAGAAAAGCAGUUUAACUUCAGCACGGAUUGUUUCUUCUGUGGCACACCAGCGAAGUUGGGUAGAAAGAGAAGAAGUUCUAAUGUUUUCCCUGUGCAAACAGUCGAAUUGAGGAACACAAUUCUAGCAAUGUGUCAUGAAAGAGGUGAUACCUGGGCAGAUGCUGUACAAGCAAGCCUUUUGCAUAUUCAUGAUCUUCAUGCUGCAGAUGCAGUGUACCACGGAGGGUGUAGUGUAAAUUUUCGUACGAAGAAACAGAUACCAGCAAUUUAUCAGCAAGAAAUGAGCAGCUCGAAAAGGGCAAAAUUAGGUCGCCCAAAAGAUAAAGAAAGGACAGAUGCAUUUCUGGAGGUUGCUAGUUUUCUUGAAGAAAAUGAUGACGAACAGAUCACGAUCCAUGAUCUAAUUGGCCGUAUGGAAGAUAAUCUGGUGCAUACAGCUACACACACAUGCAGCAGAAACUCCAGGAAUAUUUUGGAGAUACCAUCAUUGAAACUGAGAUCAACGAAAGCUGAUCUUGACACAGAAAUAAUGAAGAUAGUAGAAACUGCUGCUAAACUGAUUAGGGACGACAUCAAGGCAGUGGAAACAUCUCACAAAGUCUAUCCAACUUGUGAUGAGUUAGGUUCUGAUGAAUGCAUCAACUUCCUACCAGAAACCUUGAGAGUAUUGCUUGAAGGACUGAUUGUGGGAAAAGGAGUUCAGGAAAAAAUUGCCUCCAUUGGACAAGCAAUAAUGCAGGCAGCUCGACCACGAGUGUUACUGGCACCACUACAGGUUGGUCUAGGUGUGCAGCUAUAUCAUCAUUUUGCAUCGCGAUUCCUCAUUGACUCGCUGCACCGUCAUGGUUUUUGCUGCUCCUACCAGGAAGUACACCAAUUUGAAAGAAACGCUGUGCUAACCCAUCGGACAGACAUACCUAACUUCACAUUUCAGUUCAUUCAGUAUGUUGCAGACAAUGUAGACCACAACAUCCAAACAUUCGAUGGUAAUGAUACCUUUCAUGGUAUGGGAAUGAUAGCGGCCAUAAACCCUGCAACAAAGGAAAGCAAACGAAUCUGUAGGGCAAAAGUCUCAUGGAAGGACAUAGCGAUGGUUGGACAAGUUCCGAUUUUGUAUCGCAAAGAAGAAAGCAUUGGCAUGACUGCACUGAUGUUCCACAAGCUGAAAGAAAUAAAAGCCCCGGAUCCAACAGCACAUCUUGAUAUUCUUUGGAAGACUUUCAUCAUGACUGGAUCGCCAACGCCAAUGUGGUCUGGGAUGAUGAAACUUGUGCAUCAAGGCAAUCACCCUGGGAGAUCGUCUAUGAUGUUUCUACCAAUGAUUGACAUGAAUCCCAGUGAUGUCACAUGUGUCUACUCAACACUGAAAUAUGUAUGUAAGCAUGCACGUCGCCACAAUGUUACACCUGUUAUCACGUUUGAUCAACCACUAUUUUGGAAGUCUCUAAUGAUUAUUGUAACCGAGUCAGUGGGAAGUGAAUUGAAAGAUAUUGUCCUUCGUCUGGGAGGUUUUCAUACAGAAAUGAGUUACCUUGGGUGUAUUGGCCAUCUCAUGGCUGCAUCUGGAUUACAAGAAUUGCUGCACUUGAUUUACGCACCCAAUGCAGUAAUACACAUGCUUACUGGCAAGGCAAUUUCUCGAGCAGUACGGGCACAUCUUAUUGUUGAUGCAGUCCUCAGUGCCUUGGUGCUGGCCAAAACGUUUAAUGUGCCUUUACCCAGAAGUUCAGAUGACCCAGAAACUGGGAAUGUGGAAACAGAAGAGAUUUUAGAAGCUACAACUUCAUCACACGAGAAGUCUGCUAGACAUCCAGACCUGGAUGAAGCUGCUGUUCUCUAUGAGAAGGUGAUGCAGGGUUUAAUGUCUGCAGAUCAAGUUUGCCAGUCUGGUGUCCUAACCAGAAUCGGUGAUGCUGUUCAAAGAGAAACCGAAUCCAUGAAGUCAUCUAGGACUGCUACACUUUGGUUGCAGUACAUAGAUAUGGUUGAUAUACUUCGCAAGUAUAUCCGAGCAGAGCGUACUGGCAACUGGGAAUUGCAUCUCCAAACUGUUUCAGAAAUGCUCCCUUACUUGGCCGCAUGUGGGCACAACCACUACACAAAGUCUGCAUGGAUAUAUCUGCAGCGAAUGUCUAAUCUCCGCAAUGAUCAUCCAGAUGUGUAUCAACAUUUUUUAGAAGGUCUUCAUGUGGUGAGACGAAGUAAUCGUUAUUGGGCUGGCUUGUCCUCGGAUCUCAUCAUCGAGCAGGUGCUCAUGAGAAGCCUGAAGACCAGCGGGGGUCUCACAAGAGGACGAGGGAUGACCGAGCAGCAACGCUUGACAUGGUUGUUGUCUAAGCCAGCUUGUGCUGACGUGAACUGUGCCAUGCAAGAGCUGACUGGGGUUAGCUACAACACAGGAGAGCAAAACAAAGAUAUAACCAAGGCUAGACAAGCUCCUGACUGGAAAGAUACCCACAAAAUUCUCAAGUAUCUUCGAGAUAUGAACCCCUUCACUUCCGAUACCAGUCUAAGAAGCAUCUCCAUAGGAGUACAUGCACACAGCACCGUCAAUGUUGACAAAGCAAAAGAUGUUCGAAAUGCAGUUCUGAUUAGCAUGGAGGGGAAGACUGCUGCAGAAUAUAAUUUCAAGAGGAAAGACCAGGUCAUCACUCUAGACACGAAGAAUGCAGUCAAGGUUGAUGGCAUUAAAGUGCAGAUUGACCCACAACUUCUUUUCCAGAGACUCACGAUAAUUGCUGCAAAGGCAACUGAAAAUUUUGAAGAUGUCUUCAGGUAUGAGCUAUGCAGUUAUCCACCAGCCCUCUUUGACUCAUCACUACUUCUUCGGGAGCCACAGAAGCCAGUGCUGGCAAAUGCCAUCUGGAAUCUAUUGGCACCAGACAUUUCUGAGAUAUCUGGAGAAGUCCAGCAUGUGCUGGAUGGCGGUGCGCUCAUUCACCGCAUCCCAUGGACGCGAGGGGCAACAUACCAAGAGAUAUGCUCAGUGUACACAAGGUAUGUCUCAAAAAAGUAUGGAGAAGCAGUUGUCGUGUUUGAUGGUUACAGUGGCAAAUCCACGAAAGACACAAUGCAUGAAAGGCGAACAAAGGGCAUGCUGGAGUAA